GGCAUACCGCGAACGCCCAUACCGUGGAUGAGCGAAUUGAUAUGCAGGCGCAUUUGGACGCUGUAAGAUUCUACUACGAUUUAAUCAGGAAUUUUGACGCGUCUCCUGUCGCUGCUUUUGAUGGUCAGACUGAGGUUGGAGAACUAUAACAAUAAUAACGCUGGGAUGUAUUCAAAACGACUGAACGGGUGUUGAGUAAGUUUUGAAGAGCGAGAAAUUGGUGCACAUAAAAAGCAAGAAUACGAUCCAAAAAAUACGAUCAUGAACCUUAUGCAGAGUUUAAAGAGCAACCAUUACGUAAUCGGUUGAUUCGGCCAUGUUCAUUACAUAAGCAUAGUGAUAAGGUUUCCCGGCGCACGUCAGUGGCUUAGAUAAGGUUAAAUUGCCGCGGCUCACCACCUGCAGAUCCGUUGAAAUCCGAUGCGAUAAAGAUUUCCUAGGGCUGUCAGCGCUCUCCAAGCUCUUGCCUAGGUCCAUCUUCUCGGAAUGCUCAUGGAUUAUACAAGAUUGAUAGGCAACAUAGAGGCAUGAUGGUAUAAAUUUUGUAUCAUGCCUGUUUUCCCUUCGUUUGCCCCGCCGUCAAGUUUUCGCCUUGGCUUGCGGGCGAUCACUGGCAACUCCGGCAACUCACUAAUUUCCUCGGCCGCUCGCUCAUUUUCGACGAGAUACCACCCCACCAUACUAUGCUCCCAUUAUAGCAGUAGAGGGGCUAUAAAUCGUCCGAGAAUUACAACGAAUUAUUUUCCGCAUAUUGUCUCGCCCCGUAUACCCAUUCGAACGUUUAGAUUCCGCGCGAUCACCGAGUACGUGAGACUACCGGAUUCCUACGAGGAUCGCAAAGGACUGCCAUUUCGAAAAGAGGAUCUUAGCCAAAGGGAUGUUAACAAGAUUUUUGGGGCACACCUCGAAGCACCGGAAGCGAAUAGACUUCUGAGGGUAUUGCACGGGCGCCGAGUAGCGGGGACUCUGGAGGACCCGAGCCUUAAAGUGAAUACCACCUACUUCAGUAAUGCGGAUCAAGAAAAAGCACUGAAAUACUUGCGCGAUAAUAUCCCCGUAGAUGAAGUUAUAAAUGCUGGCCUACGUGCUGAAGAUGAGCUUAAAUAUCUAGAGGCGCAAGAGAAGGGCGAUGAUAAACCCGAGGAGCAAUUCGAAGAAACCGGUCACCAAGACCCACCGUCUGACGAGGUGGUGGAAAAGGUCGAGGUGCCAACUGGACGACUUCCGAUGCCUAAAAGUGACUCACCGUAUGGUGUGGGCUCGUUCGAUCGAAUCCGUGCCGAGAACAUUGCGAAGCGUGAAGCGGAAGAGAAACGACUUGAAGCGGAACGGAUAGACCGUGAGAGAGAAGAGGCGUUAGGCAAUAUUGGCACCUUACAAACUAUCGAACAAAAACCGAGGGAGUUAAGUCCACGUAUGAAGAAGUGGAGGGAACGCGGGACCUCUGACUUGAAGGAGUUUCCGAACAUGAAACCUUGGGAACGUCUACUUCCCUCUCUAGCCAUGACACUAUUGGUUUUAGGAGGCUGUGUUGCAUAUGCCACCAUGUAUACAGCUCCUAAGAAAUCGGGAAGAAUAUGGCCGGAUAUCCCUCCUGCCGCCGCGACCUGUCUUGCUCUUAUCGGAAUUAAUUUGACGAUUUGGUGCCUAUGGAGGGCGCCACCGGUAUGGCCUAUCUUGAACCGAUACUUCAUCUUAGUGGCUGCAACGCCGCGGCCCCUUCAGUUGAUUGGUGCUAUGUUCUCACAUCACCACUUUAACCAUGUUGCUCUAAAUAUGGUCGCGCUUUGGUUCUUCGGCACUCGACUCCACGAUGAAGUUGGUAGGGGAAACUUUCUUGCUAUAUACUUGACUUCCGGAGUUCUAGGUUUCAUGACAAGUCUAGCAAAUCUGGUACUUAUCAGAGGGUUAGAGUUCACAACCCUUGGGGCGUCAGGAGGGAUUUACGGUAUCGUCGGCGCAUUUUUCUGGCUGCAUAGGUAUGAUGAGUUCAAACUAUUCGGGUACCCACCCGAUCCGAUGUCUGGUCCACAAGGGUUGGCAUUUCUCGGGUUGAUUUUGGGCAUGCAUAUUGUCCCGUUGCUCUCAAGGUCAAAGAAGAUGAAUAAUUUAGAUAUAGCGUCGCAUAUAGGAGGUAUGGUGGCUGGUGUGGCCAGUGCAGACCUCGUAAAGAGGCAUAUGGAUCAUAAGGCGAGGCUCCGUGCCGAGAAGCUGAAGACCAUGGGCGCUCUAGAGAAGGUUGUGCUGAUUAAGGAUAAAGAUCCGCAAAAAACGGCUCGAUUGCCUGCUGGGCGUUGAGCAAUGUGAAGAUACGAAAACAAAAAACAAAAAUAUUGAAUUCCAGGUAUUGCUUUUGUACAUAUAUAGAUACCUGAGGCUGAAAAUACGCCACUAUAUACUACUUGUACAAAAUUGCAUUCUGAGUAUUGUUCUUAG